AUGGAGAAUAUUGCCCACCAAAAGGGCAUCGAAACAGGCCGACCGUGCUUCUUCGAAGGAGUUUCACAGACACUGCAGCUUAACUACUUCUAUUACUCGAACUUUGCUCUUACUCCGAUCACUUUAUUGUUGGCUUUGUGGUGUUUCCUGUCAAACGGGUUUGUACUGCUGAUGUUUAUAAAAGGCAAGCUUCAAUUACGUGCAGGGCUUUGUUCUCUCUGCUGUUUGACCACGACCGAUGUCUUGUGGUCGGGGUUGGUGAUCCCAUUGUACGUGAGUUUCAGGAUCAAAGAGCUCCUUAGUGGCCGAACUUGUGCCAAUAAAAGCGAUUGGGAUAAUCCCAUCAUGGUUGCCUCUUUCUUUCUCUGUCUAUUUUCUACAGUGGGAACUCUUGGCGUGAUGAGCGUAGAUCGGUAUUUGGCUGUUUCCAAACCGAUGUGGUACAAAGUGGUUAUCAAAAAUCGCCACAUUAUAACAGCUUGCUGUGGAGUGUGGCUCAUUACGUUGGCAAUGGUGAUCCUAAAACAAAUUGCCCCCUUUCCUCGAAAGGUGGUCGAGCUCUUUGAGGCAUGCUACAUGGUGAUUUGUUCCUCCCUGAUCAUCGUCCUUCAGCUGUUUUCCCUACUGGUGCUUCGCAAGCACAACAAUGGAGUCGCAAACAUGGUUGAAGGAGGCGCCCAAGGAAACGGCCACGGAAGCGCCAUGGAGCGUAAACUAACCAUCCUCACUCGCCAUGUUGUUGUUUUACUAGGCGUAAUUAUUAUUCCUGUAGGUUUGUCAGUGGUUGUGUCGAGCAUUGUUCGGAUGGAUCUCAGUCCCUUUGCAGAGCCCGUGUACUUUACCCUGGCCACACUGUGCUCUGGUAUCAACCCUGUGCUGUACUACAGAGGGAAUUCUCAGAUAAGACAAGGAUUAACGAGUCUUGUGAAAUUCCAGUGA